CAUGCUAACACAGCUGAUUGGCGAUGCGUUAGGGUAUUUCACUUUAUGUUGUUUGGAACUGCCCGAUUUAAUUUUUUAUUAUUUUUGAGUUAAAAACAGAACAAAACAAUGUCAUUCUUAGCGCAAAGCUUUCGCCAGGUUUUGCGACAGGUACCCAACCGCAGUUCAUCCUUGGCGGGUGCCAUGCGCUCGCUGAGCAUUUCACCGGCUUUUCAGCAGCAAAAUAAACCGGCGGCGGAAUCGGUGGAUAUAUCCGCCAUAACCAAGGAUCAGCAGAAGGAGUGUCAGAAUAUUUGCGAGCGAAUCAACCAGCAAGUGCAAAAAUCCGAGCAGGGUCGCCUUUUUGCGGUGGUCCAUCUGUGCGGAAAGCAAUUUAAAGUAACACCUGGAGACAUUAUCUUGGUGGAGGGGUACUGGCCCCCAACGAUAGGCGAUCAAAUCAGUCUGGAUAAGGUUCUUCUGGCCGGUGCCCGGGACUUCACCCUUGUGGGAAGGCCCAUUCUUGAGCCCGGACUUAUUUCCGUAAAGGCUACCGUGGUGGAGAAAACGCUCAGCCACACGAAGACCCAUUUUCGAAAGAAGCGCAGGAAGCAGUACAUGAGGAUUAACUUCCAGCGAUCCCCGCACACCAUGAUUAGGAUCAACUCAAUCGAACUGGCUCGUCCGGUGGGCGGAAAAGACCAGGCGGAGUCUUCGAAGCGCUUGUUUUAGUUUAAAUUGCUGUUAAUCAAGAAAAAUAAAUCAGUUCGUUGGAUGGUAA